AUGUCUGCUUUGGUGCUGUCGCCGGAUGCAAUUCUCAACUCACUUGCUGGGUGGCACACAGAGAUGAAUUGGACGCCAUUGUACAUUACUGAAAUUGAGAAAACGCUAACCUCUGGCUUAGUGCCAUGCGAGUAUUCUUUUUUUGGAUUUGUUAAGGGGCAGUUCAGUGGUGCCCCUGGGGUAAUUAUGGCCAUCGCGAUUACUUCAAUCGGACCAGUUGAGCUGCUUUGUUGCCUUCGAAACCUUGUUACGAACUACAUUUUAAUGGACCUCGUCGCGGCGUUUCAUCUCAGUGCCUACUUGGCGCUGGCUACUGCCGACUACUGCUCUGAUAAUAAUUGGUCGCUGUCGCAGAGUGUUUCACAUGCGCUUUGGCACGUAUCAAGCUCUGCGAUGGGUGAGCUGCAGAGCCAAGUACCUUUGUUGUUCGAGCUGCUCAGCAGCGGCGGGGUUGCCGUGCGCUUUCCUCUUAUGGCUCUGGCUGUAUGGCUUGGCACGCAAUGGAGCGACUUUGUUGCAUUUCUUAAUGAAUCACUGUAUUUGGAGUCUCAGUACGCCAAAUGUCAUUUUCUCGCACCAGAGGGAUCCGCUAAUUAUGGCGACGCUGACAACCGUGAUAAUAAGGAGGAAGAGGGGGAAAUGGAGUGUGAAAGAGGGCGUAUUUGUUGCGCCGGCAAGUCAAAUUUCCCUUCCCCCAUUUGUUUGCUUAUGAAAACGAGUGAUUUUGCCUGGGACAAACUGACGGCGGCGGGAGGAAGGCGACGGCCAGGUUUUCAGCCACAUACUGUCGCUGGAUCCAGCAUGCGGCAGCACCACGGGCUGGUCAUCCUCUUACUUGCUUCGUUGGAGUUGAAGGCAAUCUUAAAACCGUCUUGGAGUUGCAUCUUGCGGCACGUGUCCUGGCCAUUGGCCCCCACACCGCUUGUGGAGCACAUUGUUCACAGCCUGGGAAAGACCGCACAAAGAGAGGCGCAGACGGUAAACCUUCAGCGACUGCAGUGGGUGAGGCUGGCCAUGAAGCGCAUGUUGUCCAUGAAGGAACUCAGUCCUGAGUUGCACCGCGGCUCGCGAUAUCGUGCGAAAUAUCAUAAGGGAUUUAUGCUUUUUAGGCAGAAUGGCUUGGAGUUGGGGAUUGCCAAGGCUGUCGUUGGGGCUGCUUCCGGGAUUAGAAAUGACAGGCGGGAAGAUUUUAUUCGUGAUCUUCUGCGUGCGGUGUUUCGAACCGCGGAUGCGGUGCCGCUGCUUCUCACCUCAUCUGCAGCACUGUGUUCUUCGCAGGCGUACUUUGAACAAACCGCGUUGAAGCAAAACAGUAUCAUAUCGCAUUUGGAGUUUAUUAAAUACGUGGUUCCAUUUUUUCCCCCGAUUGCCGAUAUGUUUUAUGAGGAGCAGGGCCUUAGUGAGGCGCAGGUUGAUCUGGAGCGUGUUCGGAAACAGUUGAUGUUAAGCGGAAGUUCCCUGGGGUGCUAUCAGGUGCUGGAGGAGCUGCAGUUCGUGCAGCAUGGGAUAGAUCGCCCCAUUGCGAACCCUCUCCCGCCGAUGGAGGGGCCGUGGAGUAUUGAGUUUCGCGAUGUGUCAUACCGGUACAGCGAAGGUCGUCCAUACGUAUUACGGGGUGUCUCGUUCAACAUUGCGAAGGGGUCAUUUUUCGGUAUUGCUGGGUACAGUGGGGCGGGUAAGACAACACUUUUGCGGUUGCUAAAUCGGACGUAUGCGCCCACGUCAGGCGAAAUUCGGAUUAACGGGAUUGACAUUUGCCGUUACCCCGCCAGAAUGCUGCGGCGGCGCAUGGCUAAUGUUUGGCAGGAGGAAAGUCAGCUGCGGUUGUUUGAUCAUGUCUCCAUUGCAGACAACGUGGCGCUGGGGAAUCUUUGGUCGUGCUCUGAGAGAGACAUUCAUAGGGCCUUGUCCGCAGCGCAGGCUCUGGCCUUUGUGCAGAAGCGAUCCUCCAGCAUCUACGCACCACUGCAUGCACAGGAAUUUAGCGGCGGAGAGGUGGAGCGCCUUUGCAUUGCACGAGCGCUGAUGCGAAAAGACGCGGGGGCGUGCCUGUAUAUCUUUGACGAAGCAAUGAGUGCGGUCGACGCAAACACGGAGCGACUGAUUUUUCGCUCUCUUAGGCUGACCAGAGAGGCCACAAAGCCCCGUCACGCAACAUAUGUCGUUGUUUCGCACCGCCUUGCAACGUUGAGGGCGGCCGAUACGAUUCUUGUUCUUAACGACGGAAGAGUUGAGCAGCUUGGCUGUUGGGAUGAGCUCUGCAGGAGCAAACCUGAUUCCUGUUUCUCACGCAUGCUGCGAUCGCAGCAGUUGCCCGCGUUUUAUUAG